GUUGUGAAUACUUCAGCUGCCUGUUAUAGGGAGGUGCGCAUGCGCGGCUCGGUAGCUUGUGUAGUUGGUGCCGUAGGCUGUGCUUUGAGUGUGUAAUGAGCGGAGCUGUCGAGUCGCAGUAGUCGUGUAAUUUACUGACAUUACGGGCUUUCUGAAUGCUAUACGAAUGCUCUUAAAAUCCAGGUAUAACAAACAUAUAGCUACAAUCAAAGCGUUGGUCCGGAGUAGCUGCUGAAUGUUUACGUCAAGAGACCUGACAUCCUUUUAUCGGAUCGUCUUUACCACCACCAGUUGGUAAUCUUCUUCACUGAAGUCCUCAGCUUUAAGAACUACACAAAAAAACAUGAGCGAUCUUGUGUUUUGGAAUCAGCUGAAGGCUGGCAGCUCCGAGGUUGACUGGUGUGAAGGCAAUUACCUAAUUUAUCCUGGAAUUGCGGAGUUUUACAACACGAUAAGCAACGUACUGUUUUUUAUUUUGCCACCUAUUUUAAUGUGCUUAUUUCGUCAGUACGCCACACAUUUCAACAGUGGGAUUUAUCUAAUAUGGACGCUGCUGGUUGUGGUUGGUAUUGGCUCCACAUACUUCCAUGCCACCCUCAGCUUCCUGGGCCAGAUGCUGGACGAGCUGGCCAUUCUGUGGGUCCUGAUGUGUGCCAUUGGCAUGUGGUUCCCCAAGAGAUACUUACCCAAGGUCUUCCGGCGAGACAGGUCAAGGUUCAAGGUGGUGGUUGCCAUCCUCUCGGGGAUCACCACAGGCCUGGCCUUCAUCAAACCUGCCAUUAACUCCUUGUCGCUGAUGACCCUGGGGAUUCCCUGCACUGCUUUGCUCAUCACAGAACUCAGAAGGUGUGAGAAUCUCCGUGUGUUCAAGCUGGGUCUCCUCUCUGGCCUGUGGUGGACCCUGGCCCUCCUCUGCUGGCUCAGUGACAGGAUUUUCUGUGAGAUGUGGUCGUCUGUCAACUUCCCAUACCUGCAUUGUGCAUGGCACAUUCUGAUCUGCCUGGCGUCCUACCUGGGCUGUGUGUGCUUCGCCUACUUCGACGCUGCGGCUGAGGCGCCUGAGCAGGGCCCCGUCAUCCUGUUCUGGCCCAGUGAGAAGUGGGCCUUCAUCGGCGUGCCCUACGUCACCUUGCUGUGCGUCCCCAAGAAGUCCUGCGUCAAGAUCACGUAGGCCCCCGCGUGGACCGCCGAGGACCGUGAAGAGCCGCGCAUUCUCAUGCAAGACGGACUUCCUGCAAGCGACACGUUACGUGCCUGCUGUGGUCACUGGGGAGGAGGAGAAUAGUACAGAUAUGCAGGUGAACCAAACCGAUCUUUGCAGGACAAACUUGCUGGAGGAGAAAGGACUUCCUGGACUGCCGAUCCUUUGUUUUUCCACCACCUUUCUUGGAAUGGUGGAAGUCAGCGGUUCUGUUCUCGGAGAUGUCAACCUCUCCAGCGUAUGGUAACAUGUCAUUGGCGCCUCCAAGCCAUUCAUAAAUCGAGCUGCUUCUGACCAUUUCCUUGGGUGCUUGUGGCCUCUCACAAGGCCUCAUUUCAGUUUAACACUGUAAAGGUGUUAACUCUAAAAGACUUCAAAGGAGUAAAACUUUUCUAAUUUGCCUUUUUUUUGCACAUUAUUAAACUUUUUGUAUUUGGCUUUAACGUUGAUACUGGAAUUUUGAGGUUGAUUUCUGUGCUCGACACGAGCAUCCCUCAUGUCUGUAUCUGACUGACGGGUGAAACGAUACAAACGACGUAGCCCUCAGACCGUGUAACUGUACGCUAUGUGUUUCAUUCCUGUGACGGAUCUGCUUUUCGGGCUUCGGUAACAUUCAGUGGACUGAAUUGAGUUUGCUUUAAAGUUUGGUUUUUUUUUUUCGUUUCUCCUCUGCUGCUCUUUCAGUCUGUGUUCAACUUGGAUGUUUGGACUAAGAUGCCAUUAGCAUCUUCACUUUAGCGCGUGAAGAGAACCCGCUGAGAUUUAUAAAGUUCUUACGAAUGUCUUGACCAUUUGCUUUGAGGUACUCUCUGCGUUGUCAGAAAUCCUAGUAUCUGCGACUUGUUGAUGUACAGUAGCGUCUGGCAGAUGGACUCUGCUAAACUACAGUAAGCUAAUAAACCAGGUGCACAUUU